AUGUCCGAUAGAGAGUUCAGCGCUAACGACGACCUGUCGCUUCCCAAAGCGACGGUCCAAAAGAUCAUCACGGAAAUCCUACCCCCAUCUUCUGGCCAGACCUUCUCGAAAGAUGCGCGUGACCUCCUCGUGGAAUGUUGUGUCGAGUUCAUUACUCUCAUUUCAUCCGAAGCCAACGAUAUCAGCGAGAAGGAAGCAAAGAAAACAAUUGCCUGUGAGCACGUUGAGAAAGCCCUACGCGACUUAGGAUUUGGCGAUUAUGUUCCCGAUGUGCUCGCAGUAGCGGAGGAACAUAAGGAACAGCUGAAGUCCCGGGAGAGGAAACAAAGUAAAAUGGAACAGAGCGGGUUGUCGGAAGAGGAGCUUUUACGGCAACAACAGGAAUUAUUUCGCUCUGCGACAGAGAAGUACCAUGCCGCACCGGAGUAG